AUGGUGUCAGGACAAUAUGCACCAAUUCUUAGCAGGUAUCUCCAGAAAGCUCAUGAACUCUAUGAGCGUCCAGACAGGAAUCAUGGCGAUAUUUCAAAGAUCUCAGGCAUAAGCGGCGAGGCUCAAGUAAAAGUGAGAGGGCCGGCUGCAGGCCACGAAGAAACACAAAAUUUUGACGAAAAUGACACCGACCCUACAGCGAAUGCCAUGACACAGCUCCUCGCCAGGCAAGCUCACGCAACAAUUACACUACACAAGCAUUUGGCCCUCAAUUAUAACGAGUGUCAAGUCGAUGAAGAACUUCUCAAGAAAAGGGUAGCGGACUUGAUAUCUAUCUCAUCGUCCAAAUUCUACGCCUACCGCUACGAUCUUCUUCCUCCUGUAUGGCGCCAGAUAUAUACAGACGCUUGUGUACUAGAAUCUUUCCAAACCCUCCUGCGUCCUCUUUCCACGGGCGAGAACCCUUCGGAACAGGUCCUAGAUGCAACUGUGGAGAAGCUCGAUAGGGCGCUCAUCACAGCUGGUGGUGGAGGACAAAACGAAUGGCUUGAGAAGACAUUGUCGUCGCUUGAAGAGGCUUGGAUAGCUAGUGAGCAGAAAGAGAGGCCAUUCAAACGCCAGAGGCAUUACGAAUCACCUCAACGGGAGUUCUCGAGUCGUGAACCUUAUGGACGACCAAAGCUCAUGCCUGAGAGGGAGUGUCCGCGGCACUCCGGGUGGACAAUGCCACAGUUCGAGGAUUACAUGAACAGCAACGAGGGCGAGCCUCGUCCCGUUGUCUUCACAGAUGCAAUUGGAGACUGGCCGGCCCUCACGGGUCGACCCUGGAAAUAUCCCGAAUACCUGUUGUCUAAAACUUUUGGGGGAAGACGUCUCGUGCCAGUUGAACUUGGACGAAGCUACGUCGACGACGGUUGGGGACAAGACUUGAUACCGUUCCAUGAAUUUCUUAGUCGUUUUGUUGAAAAAGAAUCUUCUGUGGCCGACAAAACUGGCUAUCUCGCUCAGCACAACCUCUUCCAGCAAAUUCCAGCUCUGCGCAAUGACAUCUGUAUCCCAGAUUUUUGCUGGGUUGAUGUUCCACCUCAUCCUACAACCCCGUCUCUGAAUCAACCACCCGUCGACAUGCCUCAGCUCAACGCCUGGUUCGGUCCCGCCCGUACUAUCACGCCUCUUCAUACAGAUGGCUAUCAUAAUUUGCUUUGUCAAGUUGUUGGCACAAAGUACAUCCGGCUGUAUCCUCCGCGUGCUACAUCUGCGAUGCGACCCAGAGCACCCGAGCAUGGUGUCGACAUGAGCAACACAAGUGAGUUGGACGUGGGCGUCCUAGAAGGGUGGGAUGAUAGGCCCGAGGAUAUGGAUGGGGAAGACUUGGAUUCGAUGAAGAGGGAACUUGAAGGCACCGAAUACUGGGAGUGUAUACUAGAACCGGGACAUACACUAGUCAUUCCAAUCGGAUGGUGGCACUAUGUAAGGAGUUUAAGCGUGAGCUUCAGUGUAAGUUUUUGGUGGAACACAUGA